GCAUCAUCUGCGGCGAAGGACGGUGGUGCGAUCACGCCGACGUACGCGAAGAGAUGUAUACCUCGCUCCUCUAUGCCAGCAAGUACAUCGCCAGUGAAGCACGGGCUGUAUUUUUUGCGGGGAACAGGUUCGCAUUCACUAUCAGUAUAAGGCCACACACCCCCAUCUACUUCAAAUCACCUCGCAUUUUCGGCCCUCUGGGACUUCCGCAUCGCCUCCACCUCCUACGCGACCUCAGACACAUCAAUCUGCUCGUUGAUAUCGACGACAGAGCCUCGCACUCUAGACCUUCUCCCCACGCGGUAGUCCGCCACCGAGCACGUCUCGAACACUUCGUCGAAAUCCUCAGGAAACACGCAGAGGACUCGAGUAAGAAGUCGUUGCUCAAGAGUCUUCAUAUGCGCCUCUCAACGACAGGACUGGAGUACCAGCGCCUUGUCACUGGCCGAUUGAUACAGCCCAGUGACGAAACGAAACGACGUCUGGUGGGCCACCAUGUAUUUGCUCUGGAGGGUCUUGUCGCGUUUGAGGGUAUCGAUGAGGAAGAGGUUACCGGCCUUCCGAAGUGGUUCUGUCGGUGCUUGGAACCACACAUGGUUGACCGCGGCGGGCAGGUUGAGGAAUUGAUCUGGCCCGUAAAGAUCGUGAAAAAGCGACAUGAUAAUGGCUACAGGGUUCAAAAGGUGGAGAUUUCGACUCGCAAGUACUGGCAGCCUACUCUUAACUGGAGGGAGUUUUCACGAAGAGAUAGCAUUGAGUUGCCGGAAGAUAUCGAUGAAUACUUUUCGGCACGGCAGGGCGGAUUGUUGUAGAUGAUGAGCAUGGUUCAUGCGAUAGCAGAUUGUCGUCAGUGGAACUCAAAAACCUCA